AUGCUUACCUAUAAACCGAGGCUUGAUCCUACUCUAACAGGAGAAGCAAAAAUUAUGGUUGAAAUAAAGUUAGAUAGACCUUUUUCUCAAAGAGUGGCUAUUGAAGACGAGAGUGGCUCUGUCUCAUUGGUUGAUGUGCUGUACUCUUGGCUGCCUUCGAAGUGUGCACGGUGUGGUCAUUUGGGCCACAAAGCCUCACGAUGCUUAGGACAGCCGCUUGAACCAGCUGGAAGCACCAAAACAUCAUCUCAAGAAUCUGGGAAUAUUGUAACAAGUGUCAUUUCAGCAGGUGAACCAGAAAAUAUGUUGGUUGACAAAGAGGAAAGAGAUACUACCUUUGUCCAUUCAGUUUUGAAUGUGACUGUCCCACAUACUCCAACUGCAAUUAUGGAUGUUACUUUUGCUUCAGUUAUAACUCUAGAAGAUGUCACUAUCAAGCUUAAAGAUCAGAUCACCAUCGAUGGGGGAAAAAAGCCAUCCUCAAAGAAAGAUACAUCAUUCUCAUUAAAAGGGAAUGUUGGACAAGGAUCUCCAAAUACUGCUUCUGAACAUUUGUCUACUCCUGCCCUCGCAGACGAUGAAGAUGAAUCUUUAUCAGAUGAGGAGUUGGACCCAAAGGAAAAUUUGUCUCCUCUAGACAAAGUUUUUCUUCGGGAUAGGCCGGUUAAGCCAUCUACAAAGGUUAAAGAGAUGCAGUCGCAUUCUGUAGCUCGUGGACGGGGUAAUCGCGGUCGAGGUAAAAGUGGUGGACAUGGAUAA